GAUGUGAUGUCCACAUUCUUCCAGUUUGGGGCUUCCAUCCAGCAAGAAGCCAUCGUCAUGCUGAAGAUCAUGCAGGAUUAUGAUUGGCACGUGUUUUCUCUGGUGACCACCACCUUCCCUGGAUAUCGAGACUUCAUCAAUGUCAUUAAGACCACAGUGGAAAAUAGUUUUGUGGGCUGGGACAUGCAGAAUGUCAUCAUACUCGAUACAGCCUUUGGAGAUGCCAAGACCCAAAUUCAGCUGAAGAAAAUUCAUUCAUCCGUCAUCCUGCUGUAUUGUUCCAAGGAUGAAGCUGUGUACAUCCUGGAUGAGGCUCGUUCCCUGGGCCUUACUGGCUAUGAUUUCUUUUGGAUAGUUCCCAGCCUGGUUAGUGGUAACACAGAAAUCACUCCCAAGGAGUUUCCUUCAGGACUAAUUUCAGCAUCGUAUGAUGAAUGGGACUACAGUUUAGAAGCUCGGGUUCGGGAUGGCCUUGGGAUUAUUGCCACUGCUGCAUCAGCCAUGCUGGAAAAAUACUCCUUCAUUCCUGAAGCCAAAACUAGCUGCUAUGGACAACUGGAGAAAAAUGACCGGCCAUCUCACACCUUGCACAAGUUUAUGAUGAAUGUGACUUGGGAAGGUAAAGAUCUGUCCUUCACCGCAGACGGUUACCAGGCACACCCCAGGCUGGUGGUGAUCGUGCUGAACAACGACCGGGAGUGGGAAAAGGUGGGGAAAUGGGAGAACAACUCGCUGAGCCUGAAGUACUCUGUCUGGCCAAGGUACAGCUCUUUCGCAGACAGCGACCCAGACGAUAACCAUUUGAGCAUUGUCACCCUGGAGGAGGCUCCCUUUGUCAUAGUUGAGGAUGUGGAUCCUUUGAUGGAAAGUUGCCAAAAAAACACAGUGCCAUGUCGUAAAUUUGUCAAAAUUAACAACAAAACUAACGAGGGGACCAACGUAAAGAAGUGCUGCAAAGGGUUCUGCAUUGAUAUCUUGAAGAAGUUGUCUAAAACUGUCAAGUUCACGUAUGACCUGUACUUGGUGACUAACGGGAAACAUGGCAAAAAAGUCAAUAAUGUGUGGAAUGGAAUGAUUGGUGAAGUGGUAUAUCAGCGUGCAGUGAUGGCUGUGGGGUCUCUCACCAUUAAUGAAGAGCGCUCCGAAGUGGUUGACUUUUCCGUCCCAUUUGUUGAGACUGGGAUUAGUGUCAUGGUGUCGCGGAGUAAUGGCACAGUUUCACCAUCUGCUUUUCUAGAGCCUUUUAGUGCUUCUGUCUGGGUGAUGAUGUUUGUGAUGCUUCUCAUUGUGUCUGCCAUGGCUGUCUUUAUAUUUGAGUACUUUAGCCCUGUAGGAUAUAACAGGAACUUAGCACAAGGGAGAGAUCCCCACGGACCAUCCUUUACCAUUGGAAAGGCAGUGUGGUUACUCUGGGGCUUGGUAUUCAACAACUCUGUGCCUGUGCAAAACCCCAAAGGGACGACCAGUAAAAUCAUGGUGUCGGUUUGGGCUUUCUUUGCUGUCAUUUUCCUGGCUAGUUAUACUGCCAACUUAGCUGCAUUUAUGAUUCAAGAGGAAUUUGUUGACCAAGUGACUGGACUGAGUGAUAAAAAGUUCCAAAGGCCGCAUGACUAUUCACCUCCUUUUCGAUUUGGAACAGUCCCAAAUGGAAGCACAGAGAGGAAUAUCAGAAACAACUACCCUGAUAUGCACCUCUACAUGACAAAGUAUAAUCAGAAAGGAGUUGAAGAUGCCUUGGUCAGCUUGAAAACUGG